AUGAAGAAGGAAAUGGAAUCAAGAAUUGCGAGGUCCAAGGAGACAUUACCACCACCAGCUACGGCACCUCACAGAUCUGGUCCCGAUGGAAUCAUGGACGGGACGGUUGAAUCGUCUCAUGGUUUUGAAGGAGGAGGAGGAGAAGACCGCCAAAGCGAGUUGAGGAGAAGGAGCAGGCUUGAUGAUGAAGAGAUGGGGUUUCGGAACACUCCAUUGAGUUCCACUGGAAGUGUAGCAGAGUCUGCUGGCAGCAGCGGUUUGGGGUCUUCUCGGGUCGCCGAGAGUGUGUCUCAAGCUGUCGCGACAAGUGGAUUGCCCGGCAAGAAUGACACGACUGGUACGUUUUCGACACUACGAGGACGAGGAAGAGCGGCGGCAGAGCGUGUAGAAAGAGCCUUUUAUGGGGCCGAGCGCCGGUUCCCGCGGUCGGGAAAGGACAAGACGGGGGGAGGGGAGGAGGACGGGGCUGGAAGAUCGUUGAGUAUAUCUUGA